UAAUGAUAAGUGACGAUUUAACUCUAGAAAAAAUAGAUUUUGAAUGGGUAAAUAGUCAAACAAAAGUUGGUCCACUUAAAAAGGCUUUAAAACUCUUAGAAUUAGAUGGAAAUUAUUAUACUGAUUUAAUUAAAGCUGUAGAGGAAAAAUUAGUUUCUAUAGAUCCAAAAUAUGCUAAAGGUAAUUUUGUUUUAUAUUUUAGCAUCUGAAGUUGUUAUUGAUCCAGUUGUUAAAAAAUAAGCAUAAAUAGAUGUUGAGAAAUGGGCUGAGAAUCCUACUUUAGAAAAAAAUAAGAGAUUGGCUGAAUAGGAAAAGAUAAAGGGAAAUGAAGCCUUAAAAUCAAAUGAUCUUAAAGAAGCUAUUAAUUAUUAUACUUAAUCAAUUUAAUUUGAUAGAUAGAUGGCUGCUUCAUAUUGUAAUAGAGCACUUGUUUAUUUGAAACUUAAGGAAUAUUAAAAUGUAAUUAAUGAUUGUGAUUAUGCUAUUGCAUUACAACCUGAUUAUACAAAAGCUUAUCAUAGAAGAGCAAAAGCAUAUUUUGCACUAAAACAAUAUGAUAAAGCUUAUUUAGAUUUCAAAUAUAUUCUUUAAGAAGAACCAGAUAAUAAUGAAGUAAAUGGUGAAUUAAGAGAAUGUAGAAAAUAUUUAACAGAACAAUAAAUAAAUUCAGCAGAAAGUAAAAUUUAUUUAUAUUUAUUAAGAUAAAUAGUUUAUUGAAAAAUCAGGUGGAUUUAAGAAAGUGUAAAUAGUAGAAGAAGAUGAAGAAGAGGAAGAAAUUCCUGUAUCUAAAUAGAAACAACCUGACUUUAGUAAGGAAUAUAAUGAGAUUAUGAAUAAAAAGAAUGAAAUAACAAAUAGAAUACAAAAAGGAGCUUAUUCAUAAUCAAUUAUUGAAUUAAUAGAAUUAUUAAAAGAAAAUCAAAAAUAUAUUGAAUAACAUUAAUUUGUUGAAUUAAGAGCAAUAUUAUUAAGUAAUUUAGCUUAUUGUCACUUACAAUUAUAAGAGUAUUAAAAAGUGAUUGAAUAUUGUGGAAAUAUAUUAGAAGACAAUAUUGCAUGGGAUAUAAAAACAAAAGCAUAUUUAAGAAGAGGAAUGGCAUAUGAAAGAUUAGAUAAAGUUGUUUUAAGCAAAUUGGAUUUUUUAAGAGUUAAAGAUUUAGAUCCUGGAAAUUUAUAAGCCUCAUAAGCACUUGAUAGAUUAUCAAAGAUUAUGAGUUAAGAAGAAAAUAAUAAAGUAUCAAAAAUUAGAGAAGAAGAAUAAAAUAAAUAAGAAAUUGGAGUAUAAUCUAAGAAAGUAGAAGAACCAAUUUAAAGAAAAAAAGAAGAACUACAUAAUAAUUAAAUAAAAUAACCAGUAAAUACAAAGAAAUCUAUUUAAGAAGUUGAUGAUGGAUAAAAAUUAUAAUUAUCAGAUGCUGAAAUUUCAAUUCAACUUGGAAAAAUGAAAGAAUAAGGAAAUAUUCAUUAUAAGGCAUAAGAAUUAGAGAAAGCUAUAUAAAUUUGGGGUGAAGGAAUCAAAUUUUUUGAAGCAAAUCCAGCUCCUUCUUAAAUUCAACUUUAUUUUUAAUUAUUAACAAAUUCUUGUUUAUGUUUAAGUUAAUUAAAUUCUCAUAAUUAAGUAAUUGAAUUAGCAAGUAGAGUACUUAUAAAAGAUUAAAAUAAUUAAAAAGCUUUAUAUAGAAGAGGUGUUGCAUAUUCAACAUUAGCAUAAACAUCAUAGAAAUUAGAAGAAUAAAAUGAAUUAUAUGAAAAUGGAAGAAAAGAUUUAGAAAGAUUAGUUUAUUUGGAUUCAGAAAACAAAUAAGCAAAAGAUAAAUUAUUAGAAGUAUAAAAAUAACAUGCAGAUUGUAGAGUAAAAUUAAGAGAGAAACAAGAAUCUUAACCAAAAUAAGAUAAGAAAGAAGAAUAAAAUAAAUAAUAAGAUAAAUCAGAAUAAUAAUAAUAAACAAAAAAUUAAUAAAAUAAAUAAAAAAGUGUUAAUUAAUAAUAAAUAGAUUAAAUUGGAUAAAAUUUAACAGUAAAUGUUAUUUAAGAUUUAUUGAAUAAAAAAUAAUUACCAGAAACAGCAACAAUAUUUGAAAAAAAUAUGAAUACAUUUAAAAAGGCAACUUCUACUUAAAUAAUUGACUAUGUAUUUUAAGUUGAUAAUCUAUAAUAAUUGUAUUCUACAAAAGAUUUACCAACAGAUAUACUAUUUUUAAUAAUAAAUGCUGGAUUAGCAUUAAAAUAAGAUAAUAGUUACAAUGAAAAAUUAAUAAGUAUUUUUUCAUUAUUAUAUUUAGCUAUUCUAAGAGAUCGUCUACCAAAAACUCAUAAAUUUAAUUUAUGUGUAAAUAUGAUUUCAAAAAAAGAGAAAGCAUUAAUAAAAGAAUUAUUAGAGUGUCAUUCACUUAAUGACUUGUUUAGUAUAUAUUAAAUAAAGUGA